AUGCAACAACAAAAUUCCAACUUCUAUAUUGCAAUUGAUUUCGAUAAAGAUGGUCACAUGCGAAGCUUGUUUUGGACGGAUGCAAGGAGUGGGGCAACUUACAAAGCAUUUGGUGAUGUUGUUUCAUUUGACACAACCUAUCUGACAAACAAAUAUGAUAUGUCGUUUGCUCCAUUUGUAGGAGUUAAUCACCAUGGUCAAUCAAUUUUGUUUGAUUGUGGACUGUUAUGUAAUAAGAACACUGAGACAUUUGUGUGGCUAUUCAGAGAAUGGUUAAGUUGCAUGUCAGAUACUCCCCCAAUAACUAUAAUAACUGACUACUGUAGAGCUAUGAAAAAUGCCAUAGAACUUGUCUUCCCACAAGCUCGACAUCGUUGGUGCUUAUGGCAUAUAAUGAAGAAAAUUCCGGAGAAAUUGAGAGGAUAUUCCCAAUAUGAAGCCAUAAAGUUUUCUUUGCAAAAUGCGGUUUAUGAUUUUUUCACAAAAUAUGAAUUUGAUGAAGAAUGGCAAGCGAUGAUUGCGAAGUUCAAACUUCAUGAUAACGAGUGGUUGGGGGUAUUAUACAGUGAGCGACAUAGGUGGAUUCCUGCAUAUGUGAAAAACAUUUUUUGGGCUGGCAUGUCAACUACUCAACAAAGUGAGAGUAUGAAUGCAUUUUUUGAUGGAUAUAUGAACUCAAAGACAACUUUAAAGCAAUUUGUUGAACAGUAUGAAAAUUCCUUGAGAAGUAAGGUGUAG